CACAAUCAUUUUAUACCAACCUGAGGUCAAACCAGAACUAGUUUUCGUUAACCCUCAAAAAAUCAUCGAUGUUCUUUCUCAUUUGUUAGCUCUUACUUAUGUCAGUUAUCCAAUACCAGCAACAAAACUGGUACCGAAAAUAUCACAGGAUGAGAUGACACGUCUUAAGGAAAGAGGCUGUUUCAAAAAAGAUCUUCUUGAAAAGUUUUCUGGUGUAUUCUUAGAUGAUUUCACACCAGAUUAUUUUAUUGACCUGCUUGAACAUCUUCAUAUUAUUACAAAACUGAAAAGCCAUAGCUAUUUCCUUCCUUCUGCUUUACCUUCUUACAACAAUGAUAAUGAUCUACCUGAAAGUAUAAAGCCUCUUUAUUAUGUGUGGCUAGAGGAGGCGAAAGAUGAAUGGGAACCAAAAAAUUCAGUCCACAUUCCUCAAGGGCUUUUCCCCUUAAUUUAUGUCCGUUUGCUUCAACAGAAAGAAUAUGACGUUAAAUUUGCUCCAAACCUCAAGUAUCGUGAUGCUGUUUCACUUUGGGUCUACAUUGAAGAAAAACGUUUUACACUUUACAUCAUCAAUCGCUAUAAACAUAUUGAAGUCUAUUUAGAUGGUCCACAAAAAUAUUGUCCUCAAAACUAUUGUCCACAAGUCCGUGAGCUAAUUACCACAACCAUUAAUAAAAGCUCUGAUGCCAUCAAUGUCAAACACAAUUAUGCAAAUGCUUUUCCUUGUCCCAAGAAAGAAAAGCAGUGUUAUUGUAUAGUGAAUGAAGAGUAUAAGGUAGCAAAUUGCUCAAAGUGUGAUUCAAAUGAUAUUAGUAAAAAUGAUGAGAGUUACUGGUGCUGGUUUGGUCUUGAAUCUGACUCUAUUGCAGCAGGAAUAAAAGAUGAUGCUUUAUUGAACACAACACAUUUGCAUGAUGUACGGAUGUUGCUUAGAGGUGUUAAAUCUAUAGAUUGGUUUAGUUUUGGCUUUGCUUUGGGUUUAUAUGAUAAGACACUAAAAAGAAUUGAGGUGGAUUAUCCAAGAUCUCAAGAUGCUAAUAAAUGUGUUAGAGAGUGUCUAGUAAAAUGGUUAGAGAAAGCUGAUGAUGUAAAUGAUAAAGGAGGAGCAAACUGGAGCACAUUAAUUAAAGCUCUUGAAGAUAAUAAUCAAAAUACAACAGCUGAUUACAUCAUAGAAAAAGCUAAAAGUACCCGAAGAGAAGGGACUAAUUCAAAAAAACAAAUUAGUAAGAAAGCAAUCAGCCUAGACAAGACUAAAAGUGAUGAUCAAA